UCAAUGCGCCGAUACUCAGCAGCUGGCACGCCCUGCCCAGGCAAUUCCAGCUUCGGGGGCAUCUAUCCAGGCCCGAUAAAUACCAAUAACCCCCCGGCAUAUCUCAAUUCAACAGACCAGUACUAUCAUACUGAGGACACAACCGCGAAUCUUGACUACACCACCGAACUCAAGGCCAGCAUCCGCAACGCAAGACCGAGGAGACCAAAAACGCUGGCGCGCAAGAACAGAUUUGAUCCAGCAACAGAGAUUUACAUAGACCAUCAGGUACAGGCUGCGCCUGAUCCAUGGCUGGAACAGGCUGAAAGAAGUGUGUCCAAAAACUCGAUUCGCAGAACUUCAACACUUCUUGCUCGACCAGCCCAAAGACUGUCUAUCGCACCGCAAGCUUCUAUACAGGGAGAAGAUACUUGCACUAUUCGCUUAACAGACGCUACGGAGCGCCCAAAUCGCCGCCGCAUUUCUGCAAUUCUGGAAGAGCGACAGACAUGCAUCGAGGGCACGAGAUCCACCGGAUCAAACCAGCUGGUCAAGGACCCUCGCAGGAGAACGAUCUAUGUGCCUUCUGAGUAUACGACCAUUAUGACCUUACAUCCCGGAGCACCCUCCCAUCAUCCUAAGACGAGACGGGCCAAAUCUCCCGAUCUUGGUCUAGAGCUUGUCACGCUUUCGGAAGAGGAGACAACGCAUCUCGUUCCAGCCAUUAAGCAGGUCAAAGCCAGCCGGAAAUCUCUUGCUGUACCACCAAAAAAGGGAGUACUACUACCGUCGCGUCGUACUUCACAGUCUGUAUCUUUCGCGCCCAACUUACCUGGCUCCGAGACUGGCAAGGAGAACAUCCCUCCAGGAAAAACGAGUAAGUCUUUCAUCAACAUGGCCGGUCAAGCGAAGAUCGAGAGGGCUACAACAUCUGAGGCCCCUCGGAAACCGCGAGUUUCUUUCUUGCGUCCUCGUUUAUCUACCGUCAAUGACAAUGUCGCACCAUCUGGGCGCAAGAGAGUGAGGAUAGAACAAGCAGGAUCAGAAGAAUCUCCAGCGAAAAUGAUCAAAUCACGGGAUUUCUCUAUGGCAGCCACUGAGCGUUUUGUGAGCGGGCGGAGCUCUGCUACAGCUCCUACAGAUCAUGCCUCGCCGUUCCGAACAAAAAGAUCACCACCUUCAGCUCUACGUAGGAGGCCUGGCAUCACGACAUCGGUUGCAAAGGACUCCCCUCCCUUGCAAAGAUUCCCCGUGCUCAGAGACGAUCUUCCAAGACCUGAACUAUACGAAGACAAUUGGCUUGAUAACCAAGAAGUCGCUCUCUCUCAGCUAAUCAAUAAUUCCUUCCGACAACAUGACCAGACGAAGAAGAGAGUCGAUCCAGCGGAACUUCGACAGGCUAUCCUGGGACUUUACCAUGAUCCCACCAUCUCACAGCUACACAAACGGUUGCAAGCUUCACUAUCUUAUGGCGCUCUCAAUAUCCCUGACGAUGUUCUAUCAAGCUCGCUCCGGCUCAAAGAUGACAUUGGACUGCGACAACGCUUUCUAGAACUCUGGGUCGAGUCGUAUAAUCUCCAGGUCUUGAAAGCUGCAGUUGAGGUCGUUGUCGGCCGAGAAGUAAUCGUACCGACUCGAAACUCUACGGGCACUACUCUAUCUGAGCAGGGUGUCCGAAGAAGACUGAAGAAAGCCCUCGAAGACUUCAUCAAUGCCUUCGUAAUUCGCAACGAGGACGCCAUAAAACAAAAAUCCGGUAUUGGAAGCAUCGCAAGUAUAGCUAGAGCCCACGAGCCACAGGCAGACAGCUUUGGCUCGCAACGUUGGUCAUGGAGACGAACGGUACUACGCAGUCUCAUGAUCAUUCUGCUCUUGGACAAGGCGAAGAACGCAAAUGUGGUGACUGAUUGCCUCUUUCAGACCAUGUCAGCACACAAGACAUCAGCCUCGGUACUGCAACAAUUGGCGAGGAUGCUACUUCCUUCGUUGGGUGAUAUCACGAGGCCGCUCGGACAUGUUCAAUAUCAGGUCUCACAUACCCAGCACUUACUCCAGGAGUAUAGAUAUCGCAUCAGGAAUAUUGCCACAGACCUUCGAGACGGUGUGCUUCUUGCACGGCUUGUUGAACUGGUAUUAUAUGACCCGGUGCAUCUGCUUGAGUCCCGAGAUGAUACCAUCACUAUCAGUCUACCCACAGGAGACGUCCUGCAGAGUGAUGUGCACAACGAAAAGAGCUCAUGGCUAUUGUCACAGCAUCUGAAACUCCCUGCAGCCAGUCAUGCACAGAAACACUACAAUGUACAGAUAGCACUAAGUGCUCUUAAAGGGAUGGGAGGCACCGCAUUUAGUGCCCUCGAUGCUGUCACCGCUGACGAUAUCGUUGAUGGACACCGUGAAAAGACUCUUGGUCUACUCUGGACGAUUGUCGGCCGAUGGGGCUUGAAAGGGCUUGUAGACUGGAAGGAAGUCGAGAAAGAGACAGAUCGCUUCCGUAGGAGGUCUAACGGGAAUCAUCUCAACGCGGACGAUGAUAUAUCAGACGACCAAUUGCCGGACCAUGGCGGCCAUAGCCGGUACGAAUUUCUUCUCCGAGAGUGGACAUCUUCAAUCGCACGUCUCCACCAUCUUCACCUCCGCAACCUCACGACGAGCUUCGCAGACGGCCGCAUUUUUGAAGCCAUUGUAGACGAAUAUCUCCCUUUCUGUAAGACACCCAGUCAGCCUACUGGACAGCCCUAUCAACACCAGUUCUGUACUCAUCCGCCGAUGACGCUAGCUGAGAAACUUGGACAAGUGGGAUGCUCCCGGGCCUUUAUUACACUGUUCUCUACGCCGACGAAACAUUACCAAAUACCCAGCAAGGACUUCAUACUCAUAAGCCUUGCCUUCCUUGCUUCACGCUUGAUUCCGCUGUCCAUCUCACAUCGGGCCGCUUCUGUCAUACAGCGUGUCUAUAGGAAGAGAAUUUCUCGUGAGGAAGCCAGAAGGCGAAUAGCGCUUAUGCGGCUGGCAAGCCAUUGUGCCGUAGUGGUCCGCACGCGGGAGCGGGUUGUAGGUGCAGCUAUAGUCCUACAGAGGGCCUGGAGAGACUGGCAAACUCGGAGGUUGGAGUCUCUGGGGAAGGACGUAAUGCUAUUUCAGAGUGUGGCUAGGGGUUGGCAGGUUAGGACUAGACAUGGGGCCGGGAGAGGCGGGACUACACUCGGACAUGUACUGGGCAAGUCUACUACGAGGCCGCUGUAUCGUGCUGGGUGGUAGGUUUCCAUUAACGUUAUGGUUGUGUAGGUGCGUUUUGUGGCGUGGCGUUUGUCCGGAGAGAUACCAAUUAGUGCUUGGAUACACGAGCCGAUGUAUAGUUUUUCCACGUUUCGAUGAGGCUAUGGAGCUUUUUGUUUUUCAAUUCCAAGACAUGACAGUACACCGUUAACUGGUUGACAGCACUGCUCUAUGCUUCUUUCCAGCCAGAAUACAUACCCGCAGGUGUCUCCUGUCAUUCGAUCACUAACCA